GUUAAUAAGAUAUAUAUAUCUCACAAGAAUUAAACUUUGAUUGGUUGAGUUUUCCAGAAGUUGCGAGGAACAGCCUGCCUCUGCCCCACCCAUCCUCCACCAUCCCUUACUCUUCUUGACUGAAGAAAACUCAGAGGGCACUGGCUAAGCAAAGGGCAUCCCAGCCUCACACAUCCAGCGAAGGCUAGAUAGCGUUCUUUCGUUGAAAGUGGAUUUGAUGAACAGUGCUUGUCUCCUGACACUUGAAAAGAUCAGUGCUAAAAAGUAGCAUGCCUGCAGGGACAAGUUGGAAAAACAGACCAUGGAGAAAGGCUGAGAAUGGAGGAGGGAAAUCUCCAGAAUGACUACUUUUCCAAAAAAUAAAAAUAAAAGUGAUGAGGGCAGGGGUGAGAAAAGAGUGUGUGACACACUGUAUGUGAAGGACAGGAGGGAAGAGAAAAGCAGAAAGAUGGAAGAUGAAAAGAAGUACAAGGUAGAAAGAAGCACAGAAUAGAAAGUGCUCAGGCUCCUUACGAACACGCCGGAGCAACUCCAAGAAAGAAGAGAUUCACACUCCACUCUCCCAAUUGAGUAAAAAUGGGUGAUUGGAGCUUUUUAGGAGAAUUCCUGGAGGAAGUCCAUAAGCAUUCUACUGUGGUGGGGAAAGUCUGGCUGACUGUGCUCUUCAUCUUCCGGAUGCUUGUCCUGGGCACAGCUGCGGAGUCCUCCUGGGGUGACGAACAGUCGGACUUCAUGUGCGACAGCCGGCAGCCUGGUUGUGAGAAUGUCUGCUAUGACAAAGCUUUCCCCAUCUCCCACGUCAGGUAUUGGGUCCUUCAGAUUAUCUUUGUCUCCACCCCUUCCCUGCUGUACAUGGGACAUGCGAUGCACACAGUGCGCAUGGAGGAGAAGAGGAAACUUAAAGAAGCCAAGGAAGGUUCAAAGGCAAUCCAGAGCAAGGGUGAUGUUUUCCAUCAACAGGAGUAUCCACCGCCAGAGAAGGGCGAGCUGUCCUGCUGGGAUGAUUCAAAUGGGAGAAUCAUUCUGCAAGGCACUUUGCUGAACACCUAUGUCUGUAGCAUCUUAAUCCGUACUGGUAUGGAAGUAGCCUUCAUUGUGGGGCAGUACAUGCUGUAUGGAAUCUUCCUUGAAACCCUCUAUGUAUGUAAUCGGCAACCAUGCCCUCACCCAGUCAACUGCUAUGUUUCUCGGCCGACAGAGAAGAACAUCUUUAUUGUUUUCAUGCUUGCCGUGGCAGCACUCUCUCUUUUCUUAAGCCUGGCUGAACUGUAUCAUUUGGCAUGGAAAAAGGUCAAGCAGAGGUUCUCCCGCUCUUCCAAGAACAGCCCUAGAUCAAAUACUGGGAUACUGGAGGCAGAGAUCCAAGGAAAAAAACCGGCACAGAGCUGCACCCCUCCUCCAGAUUUUAACCAGUGUUUGGCCAACCCUGGUGGAAAGUAUAUCAGCCCGUUCAGCAACAAAAUGGCUUCCCAGCAGAACACAGCCAAUUUUGCAACAGAGAGGGUUCACAGCCAAGAUGAUAUCAUUGGGGAAGUCCCAUUUAUCCAAGUGAACUAUACACAGAACCCUGAGGCCAGGAAUAAUUCUGCACCCGGCUUGCUCUCAAAUGGCUACCUGCCUGACAAACGCAGGCUUAGUAAAACCAGCCACGCCAGCAGUAAGGCUAGAUCCGAUGACCUGUCUGUGUGAACUGCUUUUAAUGGGAGCAAGAGAAGAUGCCAAAUACCUGCAGUUGAGCUUUUGAUCUUUUGCCAAUCUGAGCUCCAUUCAGCCAUCUACUCUAACUCAUUUUUAAGGGAAUGGUAUUACUAUCCUGAAAUACUAAGAAUACUAUGAAAAGCUUAUUUUAAAGCUUGUGUCAUGCUGUGAGUUCAAUAUUGUUCAGAGAGAAGACCAAUCAAUUUCAAUAUUAAUUCAGCUAAUGUAUGGCAGUCUGAUUCACAUCGCAACACUGCAUAUUUAAACUGAUAUUAUGAUUUCUCCAAAGGACCUUGGGGUUUGUAGUUUUAUGACAGAGCGGGCAAGCCUAUAAUCCCAAACUUUCAUCAACUGAAAUUCCCAUUAAUUUUUGAACUUUUACAGUGCUUUCAUUUGGUACUGGUUCAAACUGGGAUUCUUGAGAAAUUCUCAAUGACAACUUUACAAACCAUAACUCUUUGUUGCUUAAUAGGGAGGUGUCAUUGAUACUUUAGCAAUGAGGCUGGUUCUCAUUUAACUUUCUGGUGUGAUGUUAACAAGAUGUACUUUGGCUACUCUUCUUUUGGAAUUUUUUUCAUCUUUUUUAAGAACCCCAGGGGACACCUUUCUCCUUCCUAUAACAACAAACUCAACUUGCCUUGCCUUCUCCUCAUCUCUUUGUUGGAUCCUACAUACUACCACAUACAAGCAUGUCAUACUUAUUCCAAGUACAUGUGCAAUGAUUUUUACUUGAAUUUUUGAAAUAUAUUUGUCUAUCUGUCUGUAACUACUUUAAAAUUCUGAAUAAUUUUAUAGUACUAGUGAAACACUGGCUCAAUAAGAUGACAACUGAAAGUAUUUUAAUUAAAAGGUUUCAAACAACAUAUUCAGUCAGUUGAAGCAAUGGUCUAAAUCCAGUGUAACAUUAGCAGAUGAAAACAUGUUACUGGAUUUCAAUUGGUUUUUCCAUUUCUGUAAGUACUACGUAUUAGCAAAUUUGUUCUUGUGGUUCAUGUUUACAAUAAGUUAGACGGUUGAGUGUACUAACCAAUCAUGCAACUGAAAACUGCAUGGAGUUGGUCCCUUGCACACUGUUCACAACCAGGUAUCCACAAGUGCAACUUCGUCCAUACCAAUGGAACAGAACUAUGGGAUACUGGCCAGAAUUUCUAGUAAUAUUCUCAG